ACGCCUUGAACAGUCGAGGCGUCGAAGGUUGAUUUUUAAUCGUCAUAAAAUUAAUAUAACGUUAAAUCGCUCUAAAUCACGAGAGAAUUUAUCGAGAUUAAAAUAAUUUUGGAGCAAUAUAUUGUAUAGUGAUAUCAUUUUUAAUACAAUAUUUUUCGCGUGUUGUGUGUAUAUAAGAAUUUUUAAUUAAGGAUAAAUAAAGAAUAAAAAAUAUUUUUUUGAAGAAUUUGUUGAGAUUCUUUGACGAGAUGGGUCGGAGAAAAAAAAAUUCAAAAAAGUUUGCGGACGUUACUCAGAAAAUCUGCGAGAGUAAAAUAUCGGAAAAAUUGAAUUCCGCUGAAAAAGAGGAAAUGAAAAAAAGAGAAGGAGAUUUUUCUAUUCUUGAAGAUGCAAUUGAUGUUUAUCAACGUUUGAAAUUGCCACUUGUACACUCGAUGCAGCAUCGAUCGCCGGAUGAUAGCGAUGAAGAGGAGGACGCCGUCGAGCUAAAUUUCUGGCCACGUUUUGUCUUUGUGUCGAACCUGUGCUUGAUCUGCAUGGAACGAUCGGAGGAAGUCUGCGAAUCUUGCAAUAUGGUUUCUUACUGCACCGUUAAACACAAGAAGCAAGGGUGGCUGAAACAUCGCGAACUGUGCAAAGUUCUUACCGAAGUUUGCACGAACGAAGAAGGCUUGUCAUUCUUGCCGGAUCUCACCGCGGACAAUUAUCGCGUUUAUCGGUUAAAACUUAUCGAGAUUGUGGAAUGCCGUUUGAAAAGACCUCUCGACCUCUGGGAGAAAGAGAUUCUUCUUUAUCCUCGCGUUUGUUGCAGCUGCCGUUAUUUUUCGAAGACUCUGAGAUACUGUCCGACGUGCGAAAUCGAGUUAUUCUGCGAGAAUCAUGAUGAUAAACAUGAAAAAUGGUGUCGAGACUUGCAAGUGUUUCGAAGAGUGUUAUUUAUGCAGUAUAGAAAUGGUCACGUGGAUCCCGAGAUUCCGAAUACUUUUCAAAAUAGUCCGCUUUAUCUACCAGAUAAUUUUGACUCGUUAAUGGCACAACUUUACAAUCGUUCAACAUAUUAUUGCAACAUGGAUUGUUACACAUAUUGUAGUCUUUCUCAUAUAUCGACUAUUCCAUUGACAGCUCUGUAUUCCAUGCAAAUUUCUUGUCAGGAUUGGGAAACUAUCGAUACCUUUGUGGUCCACGUGAUAGGCGCCGAGUUUCAGUUCGAGUGCAUAAAUUUGCACGUGUGGGAAAAACUCUUUCUACAUCUUCUUCCGAAUUUAAAGCAUCUCAGAUUAAUAUUUAUUGGCCCGGAAUUGAGAUUACCAGCAGUGCCAUUAGAUCUUUUGACCGCUGUGAAGAUUUGUUUGACUUGCAAAUCAUUCGGUCGACGAGUGAAUGUUUCAUUUCAUCCCGGAAAAUUCUAUCACAAUUUUUGUCAUUCUAAACAAUUUAUAAAACCGCAUCUAGUAUGUCUUUUUAAUCCGGGUCUUUAUCGGGAAACUGGAUUUGAAGGUAGAGAUACGUGGUCAGAGACAAUAAAGGAAUUCUGCAAAACAAAAGUUCCCGUUUGCGUGACGUCUUACACGAAACAUGAAAUUCCUCGAGAAAUAAUCAGAAUAAAAUCGAUUAUUGAUGUGGAGACAAUUCUGGAGCCAAGAAGAAAUCCAUUUGCUUCGAUCAAACCCGAUAGAAACUUCGUUAGCGAUGAUGCGGCACCACUUAUCUACAAAAAUUAUUAUCUCACUAUUAUUAAAGGAAAAUCAUAAAUAGAUUUAUGUAAGAUCUCUUUUCUCGAAUUUCUUUUAUAUUUAAUUCAACAUAAAUAUUUUUCGGAUAUUUUAAAUUUAUUUAUCUAUAAAUUUUUCAUCAUGGCUUGAAUAAAUCAAUGUCUGCAAAAUUUAAUAAAAAAAUAUGUAAUAUAAUAACUAAAGUUGGCAAAUUGUCAAUUUCAAUAUGUAUGUGGUAAUAUAAAAAUAUUUUUUG